AUGACGACGCCUUCACCACAGACAUGGACUUUACGUCUAAAGGCCCACAAGACUACAGUUCUGCUUCAUGUCGAACCAUUGCAAUCCUUCAGCAGUAUCAAGGCGCAACUUUAUGACGCACUUCAAGAAACCGGAAUCAAGCAUCAGGAGACCCAGGAGCAGAUUAAACUACCCUCCUCACCCUCAGACAUUCAACUUGGUCGCCCAAUCAACAUCAAUGAUGCGUCAGAGGGGUUUCGACUUGGCGAGUGGGAGUACCCUACAGUCGAAGAAGAUGAAGAUGUUGGCAAGGGCAAGGGCAAAGCGAAGGCUGCAAAGAAGAGUCAAGGCGAUCUGAAGGACCUGAAGGCAUGCCCGAAAGGCGCGAGUCUGAAAGAUGGGGCUGUGCUAUCCUUCCGGUGGGUAGGUGAUGGCUUCUGGAAUGGCGACGACGAAGACAUGGACCUUGAAGAUGAACGGCAGCCAAGAAAUGAUACAGAGGCUGAUAUGUGGGGAGUUCAGUUGGCGAACUUUGAAGAUGCGUACGGUGUGGAGAAUGAGGUAGAUGUUGGUGGGACGCGGGGAUUUGAGGGUUAG